CACUGACUGAGUGCGAUAAUAAAUAGGAUUAUAAAAUCCAAAAAAUAUCAAAGCUGCAACUAUAUUAUAGUUAUCAGUAGUUCUGGUUACUGAGCAUAACAGUGUUAUAACUUCCCAAUUGAACUUUUAGGUAUCUAAAUGUUUUUUCGGCUUAUUAGUAGUGGGUUGUUGUUGCGAGUAUCGAACGUUGGGAGUACCAAUAUGGCAGCAGGAUCGAGAAAGUGUAGUACAACGCGGCUGCGAUACUUAACGCAGAAGGAAGCUAUUGCUCUAGAUGAGGAGUUAUUCAAUGAAUACAAGUUCAGUGUUGAUCAGCUGAUGGAACUGGCUGGGCUCAGUGUUGCUACGGCUGUAUCACGUACUUUUCCAGUGUCUACGCACCCAUCAGCUCUAAUAAUUUGUGGACCUGGUAACAAUGGAGGUGAUGGACUAGUGGCUGCCCGUCACAUGUCUCUGUUUGGUUACAAUGUUUCAAUUCACUAUCCCAAGCGCACCCCGAAGCCCUUGUUUGAAAACCUCUUGGCACAAUGUGUAGCAUUUGGGGUAGAUAUAGUGGAAAAUCUUCCACCACCACAACAGCUGUGUGACCACUACCAAGUACUGGUUGAUGCACUCUUUGGAUUCAGCUUCAAACCUCCUGUGAGGGAAGAGUUGAAACCAGCCAUGACUGCUAUGAUUGAGGCUACUAUACCAGUCUGCAGUGUGGAUAUUCCUAGUGGAUGGCAUGUAGAAAAGGGUCCUGGUAUUGCUAAAGCACUAAGACCUGCCCUUUUGAUAUCCCUCUCAGCACCAAAAAUGUGUGCCCAAAGUGAAUUCAUUUUGGAUGCCAAACAUUACCUUGGAGGAAGAUUCUUGCCACCUGGUAUUUUACACAAAUAUUUCUUGAGACUGCCACCCUACCCCUGUGAAGAUCAAGUUGUGCUGCUAUCUUGUUAAAAGUUAAAAAUGGUUAAUUUUUUUUUGUAAUUAAUAAAAUAUUUGGGGCAAUAUUGUGGUAUACUGACUGUGUAAAUGCAAAACAAACUAUGCAUAGUAUGGUUUGUUUUAAACAAUUGUUAUAAAAAAUUUGUUUUUUUUGUUCAAAUUGUUUUCUUUCGUAAGUUUU